AUGCAAAGCCAGGCCCGCCGAUGUAUUGAAUACUCGGACACAUCCACAGCUGCUGACCCUGGACGAGGCAAGAUUUUCAGCUCACCUGUUCAGGUAUCCAAAUCUGGAGAGAUCCGACUGGAGUAUGGAAAACAAGUAAAUUUACCAAUGAAUGAAGAGAAAGAGGAGGGGAGGAGGAAAGUCCUCCACAACAGAAAAGAGGAAUGUGGACCACUCAAGCACUUCCAAGAUCCUUUCUUUGGGUUGCUGUCAGACUCGGAGAAUGAAGAACAUGUUGGGAAGAGAACCAGAAAUGUGUCUGCAUUUGUUAGAAGAACAAAGACCUCGGCAGACUUCACAAGAGAUGGUCUACAGACGAAUGUGGUGCAGAGAAGCCAGAGCUGUACUGAUACAGAGGAUGGAAGGCGAAAAAUUAGGGUGUCUACUCAUCUUCCUGGACAGGACAAGGCAAGUAUUCCUCUCAGCUACAAUGCAGGAAUCCUUCUGUCCUCUGAGAACAGCCAAUCUCUUUUGGCACCCAUAAUUGUCCAAGACAAGAGGCAUAGCUGGCGAGGCGUCAUCAUGGCUUCAUCAACACCUUUUAUGGUCCCCCAGUCGAAACAGGAGAGGUCCAUUAGCCCUGAGAGCAAUGACAGUAUCUCUGAGGAGCUGAAUCACUUCAAGCCAAUAGUGUGUUUGCCGUGCACCCCACCAAAGCGGCUACCUGACGGGCGAGUGAUGGAACCCACAAUUGUGAAGUCCACCCCACGGAACUUAUUCCGCAGCCUGGAGAGGCCCACCAGCUAUGAAGCCAGCCCUACUAUCCUCCAGGAAUGGAAGCAGAUAGAGGUGGACCGUCAGUCUGUCAAAGUGACCUCAAAGGGCACCUUGACCAGCCCCAUAAACGUGGACCUUGUUUUCAAACCAAGCCCCAUAGAGAAGGAUGGCAAGCCCUGCAGCUGCGCUCUAGCAGCAAAUAAGGGAAAAGAACACUUGGGUAGGUGUGCCAAGACUGAUUCCUCUGGUUGCAAACUGUAG